AUGUUUUUCGACAUUUUGCCUGUGUUCGUUAUUACACUUAUUUCAUCCUUGUUUUUAUCUACUACAUCCGUACACGGUUUACCAACAUCAGCAUCAAGACUUCAUUUAAUUACAAAUUCUCCAUCGGCUGAUUUAUUUUCUUCACUCAGGCUGUUAAAUCAUCGUCCAGUAUCGAGUGUUGAUCAUGAUUCAGGUGGUGAUAUUUUUGAAAUGUUAAUGGGUGAUAGUAACGAAAAUGAUGAUUCAUUUUUACCUUCUGUUGAUGUAUUGAAUGAACCAUCAGAAUAUUAUCUUCAAUCAUCAUUAUCACCAACAUCAAAAUUAUUAUUAUUAGAAAAACAACAUCAACAAAAACGAUCAACACCAUUUAAUUUAAAUUCUGCUGUUGCUACACUUGCUGAUUCAUCCAAUGCAGAUAAUAUUGUUAAUUUAAAUCAAUUAAAUGAACCAUUACGUUUAUCACCUUCAUUAAAAAAAUUAGUUGAAACAAAUCCGUUUGCGCGUGCAUGGCUUACAAUGCUUUUACAAAAACUUAUGAAAGAACAGUCUGUUCCGUAUAUUUUCAAGUAUGGUCGACGUCGCAAAUAA